AUGGCUGGCCUGACGCCCCUCCCUCCGUCAAUAACACACACAACAACACGUCUCACGCAUUUAGAAGCCCACACAUUUCUAAACACAUUCCUCAACCGCGCCGAAAUUGACGCCGCCUACCGACCAGACAGCACACUGGCGGAGCGCGGGCCCCAGGCGCUGAGCACAGGAAGCAGUCCGAACCUCACGCUCCAUCAUCUUAAGCGGAUCUUGCUGGGCAUGGAGGGAAAGAGGGUCGGGAAGCAGGCGUUUGAGGAAGAAGCAGAGGGACAAGAGACCGGAGCGUUUGGGGAGAAGGCCACGAAAAGGACGCGGGGUGACGAUGAGGCCCAGGGCGGACGGCGCUCGAAGCCCUACACCACGGUUCUGGACGUAGAAGGCGAUGCAGAAGACAGUGAUGGACCCGCACUGGUCGUGCAUCCCGAAGAUUCAUCCCCGCCGACCCGGGGCGGAAUAAACGGCACCGGCGAUGACGGAGACGACUGGCAGGAGAAAGACACGUACGACCUCGCGCAGUCGUCGGCGGGGUUGGAACUCACGAACGAAGACCGCCACCCAGGUGCCGAUCUCGAGCAGCCCGUGGACGAUGCAGAGGAACAAGAUCUCGUGGCUGUCGAGGAUGAACGGACGGGCGAACGUGUCGAUCCUAGGGAGUUUGGACACAGGAGCUCCGCUGGGAAAGGCAAGUCGAAUGUGGAUAAAGAGGAGCGGAAGAGGCUGAAAAAGUUGAAUGCCAAACUGGAGAAGUCGAAAAGGGAGGAGAACCGGAAGAAGGGAAAAGGGAAGGGGGCGUGA